GGGAGUCAGGUUCAAAGGAGGAAACAUGGCGGAAAACAAAGGAGGCGGCGGCGGCGGGGAGGGGGCUGCCGAGGCCGGGCCGGGCGGCGGCGGCGGCCUGGAGCCUGCGGCCGCGUCCCCCUCCGCCGCCGCGCCGCCCGAGGAGCGGGAGAGCCCGGGCGCGGCGGCGGCGGCGGCGGCGGAGCGCGCUCUCGGGGAGGCCGAGGCCGAGGCGGCGGCGGGGCCCGGCGUCGUUCCGGGGCCGGGCCCGGGCCCCAGCCCGGUGCCCCCGCUGACACCGGCGGCGCCGGGGCCCUUCUCGCUGCUGGACACCUGCGCCGUUUGCGCGCAGAGCCUGCAGAGCCGGCGGGAGGCCGAGCCCAAGCUGCUGCCCUGCCUGCACUCCUUCUGCCGGCGCUGCCUGCCCGAGCCCGAGCGGCAGCUCAGCGUGCCCGUGCCCGGUGGGGCCAACGGCGACAUCCAGCAAGUUGGCGUAAUCAGAUGUCCGAUAUGCCGCCAAGAAUGCAGACAGAUAGAUCUGGUGGAUAACUACUUUGUAAAAGACACGUCAGAAACGCCAAGCAGCUCCGAUGAGAAGUCAGAACAGGUGUGUACAAGCUGUGAAGAUAAUGCUAGUGCUGUUGGAUUUUGUGUAGAGUGUGGGGAAUGGUUGUGCAAGACUUGCAUAGAAGCUCAUCAGCGUGUAAAAUUUACUAAAGAUCAUAUGAUCAGAAAAAAAGAGGAUGUAUCUUCAGAGGCCGUGGGAGCAUCUGGUCAACGUCCUGUUUUCUGUCCUGUCCACAAACAAGAGCAGUUAAAACUUUUCUGUGAAACAUGUGACAGGCUGACAUGCAGAGACUGUCAGUUACUGGAACACAAAGAACACAGGUAUCAGUUUCUUGAAGAAGCUUUUCAGAACCAGAAGGGUGCAAUUGAGAACCUAUUGGCCAAACUUCUUGAGAAGAAGAAUUACGUAAAUUUUGCAGCAACCCAAGUUCAGAAUAGGAUAAAAGAAGUAAAUGAAACUAACAAACGAGUAGAACAGGAAAUCAAAGUGGCUAUAUUCACCCUCAUCAAUGAAAUCAAUAAAAAGGGAAAAUCUCUUUUACAGCACCUUGAGAAUGUAACAAAGGAGAGACAGAUGAAGUUAAUACAACAACAAAAUGACAUCACUGGUCUUUCGCGACAAGUGAAGCAUGUGAUGAACUUUACUAAUUGGGCUAUUGCAAGUGGCAGCAGUACUGCUUUGCUAUACAGUAAACGGCUGAUAACAUUCCAGUUACGUCACAUUUUAAAGGCACGUUGUGAUCCUGUCCCAGCUGCCAAUGGAGCAAUACGCUUCCAUUGUGACCCUACAUUCUGGGCAAAGAACGUCGUCAAUUUAGGUAACCUCGUCAUUGAAAAUAAACCAACUCCUAGUUACACUCCUAAUGUAGUGGUUGGUCAAGCUCCUCCAGGAACAAACCACAUCAACAAAGCUCCAGGACAAAUCAAUCUAGCACAGCUUCGACUUCAGCAUAUGCAGCAGCAAGUGUAUGCACAAAAGCAUCAGCAACUGCAGCAGAUGAGGAUGGGACAGCCAGCUGGGUCAGUUCCCAGGCAGACGAGUCCACAAAUCUUACAGCAGCAGCCUCCCAGGUUGAUCAGCAUGCAGACCAUGCAGAGGGGUAACAUGAACUGUGGGGCUUUCCAAGCACAUCAGAUGAGAAUGGCUCAGAAUGCUGCUCGUAUACCAGGAAUACCACGCCACAAUGGACCACAAUACUCCAUGAUGCAACCUCACCUUCAAAGACAACAUUCUAACCCUGGGCACGCGGGGCCUUUUCCAGUUGUUUCUGUGCACAACACCACUAUUAAUCCAACUAGUCCUACUACAGCAACAAUGGCGAGUGCAAACCGUGGUCCAACAAGUCCGUCCGUUACAGCAAUCGAACUCAUUCCUUCUGUAACAAACCCAGAGAAUUUACCUUCCCUGCCAGAUAUUCCGCCCAUCCAGCUUGAAGAUGCUGGUUCAAGUAAUUUAGAUAACCUUCUAAGCAGAUACAUUUCAGGCAGCCACCUACCCCCACAACCUACAAGUACCAUGAAUCCCUCCCCAGGACCUUCAGCUCUAUCUCCAGGGUCAUCAGGUUUAUCUAACUCCCACACUCCUGUGAGGCCACCUAGUACCUCCAGCACAGGUAGCAGAGGAAGCUGUGGCUCCUCGGGCAGAACUGCUGAGAAAACUAGUGUUAACUUCAAGUCUGACCAAGUGAAAGUCAAGCAAGAGCCAGGGACAGAGGAAGAGAUAUGCAGUUUCUCAGGAACCGUAAAACAGGAAAAAACAGAGGAUGGCAGAAGGAGUGCUUGCAUGCUUAGCAGUCCUGAGAGCAGCUUGACACCACCACUAUCCACUAACUUGCAUCUGGAAAGUGAAUUAGAAGCAUUAGGAAGUCUUGAAAAUCACGUAAAAACUGAACCAGCAGAUUUAACUGAAAGUUGCAAACAGUCUGGACAUAGCCUUGUAAAUGGAAAAUCCCCGGUUCGGAGUCUAAUGCACCGAUCAGCUAGAAUUGGAGGAGAAGGCAAUAACAAAGAUGAUGAUCCAAAUGAAGACUGGUGUGCUGUAUGCCAAAAUGGAGGGGAUCUAUUAUGUUGUGAAAAGUGCCCGAAGGUGUUUCACCUGACUUGUCAUGUACCAACACUCCUCAGCUUUCCAAGUGGAGAGUGGAUAUGUACAUUCUGCAGAGACCUGAGCAAACCAGAAGUAGAAUAUGAUUGUGACAAUUCACAACACAGCAAGAAAGGGAAAACAGCACAAGGCCUGAGUCCUGUGGACCAAAGGAAAUGUGAACGUCUGCUGCUUUACCUGUAUUGUCAUGAGCUGAGCAUUGAAUUUCAAGAGCCUGUCCCAGCUUCGAUACCAAACUACUAUAAAAUUAUAAAGAAACCAAUGGAUUUAUCUACGGUGAAAAAGAAACUGCAAAAGAAGCAUUCUCAACACUACCAGACUCCUGAGGAUUUUGUGGCAGAUGUCCGGUUGAUCUUCAAGAACUGUGAAAGGUUUAAUGAAAUGAUGAAAGUUGUUCAAGUUUAUGCAGAAACACAAGAGAUUAAUUUGAAGGCUGAUUCAGAAGUAGCGCAGGCAGGGAAGGCAGUUGCAUUAUACUUUGAAGAUAAACUUACAGAGAUCUACCCAGACAGGACCUUCCAGCCUUUGCCUGAAUUUGAGCAGGAAGAGGAUGAUGGUGAAAUAACUGAGGACUCCGAUGAAGAUUUUAUACAGCCACGUAGGAAACGCCUAAAAUCAGAUGAGAGACCAGUGCAUAUAAAGUAAUCUAAUGAUACGGACCUAAAAUUUAUUGUAAAAACUGUUAUUUAAGUGUUCCUGGAAUAUUAUCAUGCCUACAGUGGCCAUCUUGAAGAAGCUGAUAGCUUUUUAAACAGUAUUAGAUUACAAAAAAUACUUGUACAGAAAAACAUUCUCAUCAAAAGGGGAAAAAAACUGUAUUGUAAAUUUUUGGUGGUUUUUUUGUUUGGGUUUUUUUUUCCCUUGAUUAUUUGCUAUAUUCUUUCUUUUCCUGAUGGAGGGGACACACUCAUUCUGGUCUCACAGAUGGAGGUGGAUGAAUGUUGAAGAGAAGCAGAUUUGAUAAGAGAUGUUCCAUGUACAGAUAAGACUGCUUAGUAAAAUGUUCUGCAGGACUGGACCAAUACAGUUACUGUAUCUUGCCUUCAUGCUGGACUGCAGUGUAAACUGUAAGCAAUGUUCCUGAAAUCCCCUCUUUGUGUGAACUUAAGUGCGUGUUGGUCAUUGCUUUUAUAAUUUCAUUUAAGCGGUAUUGUGAAUAACUGGUCUUCUCUGUUGAUCCAAUUAUCUAAAUUUGACUUUCUUUACUACAUUUUAUGUAUAGCAAAAGGAAAAAAAAUCAUUAAACUGUUCUGAAUUGGCAAGUGCAGGAGUGUGAGUUCUUGACAGACAAAAGACUAAACUGGUGGCAACAAUCUCUUUUCAGUAGGGCUAGGUAUAUUUAUUACGAAUCCUGUACACAGAACAUUUUAAUGGCAUUCAUGGCAGAAGUCUUAGCAUUGUCUCAUCUGUCCCUGAUCCCCCGAAUGAGGCAGAAUGUUAUCUCCAGUAUUCAUUGUCUAAUUUUCUGUACUUAAAAUAUAGACUGAAGAGGUAAUAACUGGUUGGGGUGUUUUUCCAGUCUUCCUAAAUAUCAGUUUCUAAUAGACCACUCGGCAAACAAUAACCUAUUAACUACCAAAUGUGUAAAAUUUCCUGUAUUCACUUUGUCUUAUUUGUAAAUAGUGAAUUGAGAUUUCUUGCAGAUCAGCAACAUUUGCUGAACUGUUUUUAAGCUAAUAUGUAUUCUUAUUAAUUGUUCCUAUCAAGAAAAGAUUUGUAAUAUAUGCUAUUUCUAACAUCGCAUUCAUUUUGAGGUUCUGUCUUAUUUUUAUUAUCGAGUACUACUCAGAACUUUCUUCAGAAGCAGCUUAUGAGCAAAAUGUCUAGAAAGAUUGGAAUAAAUCUGUUGAGAUGGGGUUACUUGUCCAUUGAACAAAGCACUUGCACAGACCAGGAUUUGGCUUUGAGUGGUUUCUGGUCAAAUACUGAAAACAGAACCAUUUCCCUGUUUCCCUAAACCCUGUGGCAGGCAUCUCUGCAGUGCCUUCCCAUUGCAUACUGCCUUCAUUCCAGCAUUUCUGGUUAGAAAUGAGGUCCUCACAAAGUAAUUAUAGUUUGAACAGUUGUUUCCUUUACUGACAGAAAUCAAUACUAGAAAUAAUAAAUGUAAUUGCUGGCCUUCAUAUAGAUUUUGUUAAAGAUGAAGAAAUCACAUGAUCGGAUGAGGUCAAGUUGACAGACUAUAAAUUUGCCAUAAGAUUUUGUGUGAAUACAGCAAUUCUGUGGUAAAUCACUGGGGUUUUGGUAUACUCAGCAUGAGCAAUUCCUGUGACAUUGUAUACACUUUACCAUAAUGGUAAAGAUAACUAUUUUAGCACAAUGUAUUAAAUUGAGAUAUGCUCUCAGCAAUUUUUAUGCAAAUCACUUAAGAUUUGAUUUCUUUUUAUAAGAACAAAGUAUAUGUACAUUGUGACUAUACCUCUCUUAAAAUAAAUGAGGGGACUGAAGGUAUUUGUAACUUCAAGCUCACUUCUUUAGAUUACGCAAAUGUUACACUUAAAACAGUUUUUUUUUUUCAGUUCUCAGAUAUUAACAUAGUACCAGUUUAAAUUUAUUUUUUACCAGUUUGUAUCUGAAAGGAAAAGUAAUUCUACUUAAACAUAUUAAAUUGACAAAUAGCAAAAACUUUGCCCGUAGAAAGGAUGAUGCGUGUGAAUAGGACACUAAUAGUAACACGGGAUCAUUUAAGGGCUCGGUGUAUUGCCUAUUUAUGCAUUUCUAGUUUCUCAGCUUCAUUUUGCAAAGAAAUAUUAUUAAAAUUAUCAUGCAAAUAAGAUUUUGUGAAUUCUCUUCAAUUGGGGUUACUAUUUUUAUGGCGCUUAAGCACUCUAGGUUCUGUACCUUCAAGCCCCAACUUUUUAACUGUUCGCCCUGUAAGGUACCAGUCAUGGAUUCAAGUACCGCAGACUGCCUGAACUGGAGCAUAGGACAAACUUGAUGGCAUCCUAGACUGGGUCACAGAGUGGGGGAAGGACCACACUACAAAGUUGCGGUUCGGGGGCGGCACAUGCUCCCUGGCUGCUGCAAGAACAAUACCAUCUGUUUUCCACCCAGACCCCAGAGCAGAUGUCUAAAUGUUUUGAGAUAGGCUAGCGACAGCCUGUAUUCCACUAGUUCACCUGCAAACCACAAAUGAUGCUAAGCUUUGACCUUGAUGAGGGUUCAGCCUCUACUCUUGCACAUAACCCACUGAACGAGAAUUGGUCCUUCCGUUCAACUCAUCAGUGCUCAGUAUUAUUAUGUGGAAUUUUGACUUGUGUGCAAGAAAUCUUAACCAUUUCUUUUUUUAUAUAAAAGAAACAAAACAACAUUCUCUUCCCCCACCUGCCCCGGCCUGCCCUUCAUUUUGGAACUCCCAAUACAACAAUUCAAGGAUAGUUUUGAAACUAGCUAAGUUCUAUUCAAAAAUAUUUGAAAGGAUAGAUAAGUUCAGCUAAUAUUAUUUCCUGAUCCUAUAGUCUGUAAAUGUUCAUCAUGGAACUGGUAAGGGUUUGCUCAGUCAAAAUGUUUUUGGUGCCACACUGUAACUUGUUCAAGAGCAAAUGAAUGGGGUUUGUAUCAACAGGCCGCUGUGUUACUCUGAUCAUCUUCUCUGUGCCAGAUGAUGUGUGUGCAAUAUGUGCAAGUGACAGUGUGUUUUACCCUGGGAAUUAGAGCAUAGCUUACAUCAAUAGAACUUCUAGCAGAUAAAAGAUGUGGUGGGUGCACUUUGCGUGCCAGCUCUUUUGUCUGCGUGAUAGCAGUAUUCCAACAUGAUAGCGAGAAGAUAGUCUGGCACUUGAUGUAACUAUAUGCUCUCAUUUAAGACACUUGUAAAAAAGACCAUUCAUGUCUUGAUUUUUGUUGUGAAUGACCCUGAAGUUUAAGUUAAUCCAAAGAAGUAAAAGGCAACUUGCUUUUGAAAUAAGAGUGAAAAGUGUACAGUAUGCUACUUGUGGACUUCUCAAUUACCUCAGCAGGUAUCCUGCCAUGUAAUUACUAGUGAUUAGUGAUAAUGUAACCAGCUGAAUAGGUUCAGGUCUUUUAUUUAACUGUACCCUGGAAUUAAGUUGCCUAUAGCAUAAUAAGGCAGAGUUACUAUCCAAAAAAGGAUGUUCCCCAAACUUUUGAAAAUAGAAAUGCUCUGUUAAAUGUAGAGAGGUUGUUUUAUUUGUGUGGAAUGUCACCAUUGCUACUACUUGUGACAUUUGACUGUGUUGGCACAUUUAACACUGGAUCAUUGAAAUGUUUUAUAAACAUUUCUGCAAGCCACUGGAACAGAAGUCCUUAAAAUUAGCCCAAAUUUAUCAUUCUGUUUUAUAACCUAGUUUAUUGGCUGACCUCUAAAAAUUUAGGUAAUGGCAACAGUAUUUUAAAGCUAUAUGUAUGAUGUACUGGAAGUUGGCUUUUUCUUGUUUUUCUUACUCUCUUCCUUGGAAAAAGCAAUAAAACUGCUUUGUCUGUUGCCUAUUAGCAUGACAGGAAUCCUUUCCUUUGGAUAGUGAUUUUAUAGGAAAGUUUGUAUGCAUAUCACCAAGUCUAGCUUUUAAAAACAAAGUGUGCAGGAGUUAUUGACAAUAUAGUGUGGCAUUUUAUUUAAAAAAUUGGGGAAAGUUACAUAUUUUUUUAAAAAGUAGGUGUUUGAGUAAAUAAUGGAGGUACUUUUUUAAAAAAAAUUUAUAUGCCACAGUUUACAUAGACAUAUUUCAGAUUGAACAUAUUCAUUGUAUCUUCAGAUAUGGCGAUUUCUUUUAUUUUCUCAAAGUGCUGUACAGUAAUUCUUCCAUCUAGUUCCUGUGUUUGCUUAUGAGAAUCCUACUUUAUAUGCUUUCUAAUGUAUCUGAAUUGAAUUAGUUUUCAAAAAUUGCAGUUAAUUUGGGUAUCUUUGUUAUAAGCGAACUAUUAAACGUAUGAAAUGCAGUUUUGGCCUUUUCUAUUGAGUGAUCUUACAGCUCAAGGCUGCUUGCUUUAGAAUUUAUUGAAUUUCUACAAGGAGAGGUACUAAAAUAUUUUAUAAGUUCAACUUGCAGCGUUCACUAGAGUGAGCUACAUUUAAGAAAAAGAAGUGCAUGUCUGCUAAUGGCCUGCAAAUGGGGGAAUUUCUUAGGUUCAGAACACCAUGAAACAUGUAUAUAAGCCUAUAAAGAUUUGUGCAGUUAAAAGCCUGUUUUACAUGUAAAUGUACUCAUGGAAGGGUUAAAUUCAUGGCAUUCUUUGAUUCGUCGAUUAUUUCUUGCUUCCAGUAACUGAACUGGUUCUUUUUUGCACAUAGGAAACUUUGCUCAUCUUUUAAUAUGAUUCUUCAAAAAAGUGCUGUUUCUGUGGUAUUGUAUUAUCUGAAUAAUCAUAUUUAACUUUUUUUCAACGAAGUUACUGUUUCUAAUUGUUCUGUUCCUGUGUUUUUUGCUGGUGUGUAAUAAAAAAAAAAAGAAGAGUUUUUCUUUACAUGGUUAUUUAAUACGUUAGCUGCCUGUAAAUACUUCUUGUUAAGUGCUCUGGAAUGUGCUGUAGAAGUUGUAUUAGAUCAGUUUAAAGCAUUGUUUGAAAACCAUUUUGUUUUGGUUAUUUCUAUUAAAUUAGAAAAAUGACUCUUUCAA